UGUGUAGUACAAAGCCCGGAACAGUGAGGGCGUUAGGACCAGGAGUGACACACAUGCUCGCACGCUCGGCUCCCCCGUGUCUGGCAGAGGGUUCCUGCGGAGCUGCAUCUGUGUGUGUGUGAGUGUGUGUGUGUGUGUGUGUGUGUGUGAGAGUGUGUGAGAGUGUGUGUGUGUGAGUGUGUGUGUGUGUGUGUGUGUGUGUGAAAGGAAACGGGGCAGUGCCUGCCGGCUUUACACGUGCUGCUCUGACCUGACUCAGGGCGUCCAAAGGCGGAUGUCUGUCAUCCUGGCUUGACCGAAUCCCCAGACGUCCCACAGAACCUGGCCAUUAGCAUGGGGCUGACCACCAGAGCAGAGUGGACAAGAGCAGGUUGAGAGGGGGGCAAACAUCACAGCUCAGAGAGGACCCGGGGGGCCCCAGGCUCCUGGGGAAGCGGGUCUUACGAAUGCCCCUGGCAGCCACGUGGGAUAAAAGGGGCAGUGACUGGCAAGACGCCUCUCAGCUGGAAUGAAGAGCCCAGGUUCAAUGACGAGCUUGACGGUCCCUUGAGCCCAACGAGGAAGCAGACCUCAUCAGGACCUGUUGCUGUGGGCAAGGGGCUGCGCCAUGCUCCCCCCGGGGAAGCGACCCAGGAGUGGACGCUGCAGGCUCCAGCUCCUCCUGCUCUUCCUGGCGCUGGGAUGUGUCCUGAUGACGGUGACCGUGCUGCGUCCUCCCCCGCCCACCGUGCGCCAGGCUGUCACAGCCCAGGCCAGCAAACACAGUUCUAACGCUGGGUAUCGCCUGGACUUUGGGGACUCCCAGGAAUGGGUCCUGGAGGCUGAGGCUGAGAGUGAGGAGUACACCUUCUUGGACGGCCUGCCCCCCUUCGUCUCCCUGCGGGAGGACCAACUGCUGCUGGCUGUGGCUUCACCCAGGGCUAGGAGGAAUCAGAGCCAGGGCCGGAGACACCAAGGCAGCUACCAGUUCAUCAGACACGCCAGCAGGAGGCGGGGUGAGGGAGCCCAGCAGAGGGAUUGGAGGACAGAGGACGAUGGGGAGGAAUCAGAGGAGGAGGCACCGACCCCGCUCAGCCUGGACCCCGACAGCCUCGACAAGGUACUAGGGGCCGGCUGGCCCCUGAGGAGAGUCCUGCCUGAGGCCCGGCACCCGAUGUGUCUGCAGCAGUACCCAGCAAGUGGCCUGCCUACCGCCAGUGUCAUCCUCUGCUUCCAUGACGAGGCCUGGCCCACGCUCGUGAGAACCGUGCACAGCAUCCUGGACACAGCGCCCAGGGCCUUGCUGCAGGAGAUCAUCCUUGUCGAUGACCUCAGCCAGCAAGAGCAACUGAAGUCCGCUCUCAGUGACUAUGCGGCCCGGCUGCAGGCUGUCAAACUGCUCAGAAGCAACAGGAGGCUUGGCACCAUCGGGGCCCGGAUGCUGGGGGCCGCCAGGGCCACGGGGGACGUGUUGGUCUUCAUGGAUGCCCACUGUGAAUGCCACCCUGGAUGGCUGGAGCCCCUCCUCGGCAGAAUAGCUGAUGACAGCUCCUUGAGAAUUGGAAAGAAGCCUAUGUCUGCAAUGAGCCGAGUGGUGUCUCCAGUCAUAGACGCGAUUGACUGGAAGACACUUCAGUACUCUGCAUCCGAGGGGUUGCAGCGAGGGGUGCUGGACUGGAAGCUGGAUUUCCGAUGGGAGCCCCUGGGGGAGCAGGAGCAGAAGGCCCUCCCAUCCCCCAUCAGCCCUAUCAGGAGCCCUGUGGUACCUGGAGAAGUGGUGGCUGUGGACAGACGUUACUUCCAGAACACUGGAGCUUACGAUCCCCUCAUGUCACUGCAGGGUAGUGAAAAUCUUGAGAUGUCCUUCAAGGCCUGGCUUUGCGGUGGCUCCGUCGAAAUCCUUCCCUGCUCUCGAGUGGGGCACAUUUACCAAAGCCAAGAUGCCAACUCCAGGACUGACCCUGAGGUCAUCUUGAGGAACAAGGUCCGCAUUGCUGAGACUUGGCUGGGGUCCUUCAAAGAAACCUUCUACAGGCACAACCCAGAGGCCUUUGCCCUGAGCAAGGUUGCAAAACCGGACUGCGCGGAACGCCUGGAGCUGCAGAGGAGGCUGGGUUGUCGGACGUUCCACUGGUUUCUGGCCAAUGUCUACCCCGAGCUGUAUCCGUUUGAGCACAGACCCAGGUUCUCUGGAAAGCUCCACAACACUGGGCUUGGCUUCUGUGCAGACUGCCAGGCAGAAGAGCACACCCUGGGCUGCCCCAUGACAUUGGCCCCUUGCAGUAACAGCCGACAGCAACAGAACCUGGAGCACACCGGCAGGAAGGAGAUCCUCUUUGGCAGCCGGCAGCGGCUGUGCUUCGAUGUCAGGGGCGAGCAGGUGAUUCUGCAGAACUGCAGGGAGGAAGGCCCUGCUGUCCACCAACAGCACUGGGACUUCCAGGAGGAUGGAAUGAUCGUCCACAUUGUUUCUGGGAAAUGCAUGGAAGCUGGGGUCCAUGCAGACAGUACGGAUCUGCGCUUGAGUCAAUGUGAUGGGAAGACCAGACAGCUGUGGCGAUUUGACCAGGUCCACCUUGUGGAUGAACGCUGAGUCACAGUGGCAGAGAGUAAGGCGGACAAUGAGCACCACACUACUGCCCCGUGUGCCCCGGGCCAGUCCCCUGCGCCCGGGCUUCUGUUGUAGGAGGGAAGAAAUCGCCCCACGACUGCUGGCUGCUCUUUGGGAAGAAGCAAUGGAGUCAUUGUCUUCAUCUCCGGAAAUGAGCAUCGCGAAGUGGAGCUGCGUCUUUUCUUUCCCCACUGAGCGCUUAGCUUUGGCUUUAGCCCUGACUGCGGGAAGAGGCGGAGGCGUUGUCUGACAGCAACCCCAGGAGACAUCAAGUGCAGUAGAUAAGUUCUCUGACCUCACGUAGCCCUUGCUCUGAUGGUGUGCGUGGCCAGUCGUGAAAGUUAGAGUGAUUUCUUUUAAGAUUUGUGCUGAGCACUGACUGUGCAAUCUUACCAAAAGCAAUAUACAGAUUUAACACAAUUCCCAUUAAAAUCCCAGCACAAUUCU